AGUUGAAAUCGACAUCCUGUCUCCUUUCUUGCACCACACUUCGCUUCCUUUUCUCUCUCUUUCAUCCCCUUCCUUCGUCUGAGCCGCUUGUUUAUUCUCAUCUCUAGAUUUCAACAAUUUCAAAGCUCCAAAACAAGCCCACAAACAAGCGGACAAGAAGGAGAACAGAACACACCUCUCUCUCUCUCUCUCUCUCUCUCUACUCUUGAUUUGUCCCUUGUUCCAGUUACCCCUCCAGUUUCUGGGUCGGCGAAUGAAUGGCUGGGAAAGGCAAAAAUCAAUUCUUCUUAUGCUCCAAUUCUCUCUGUGAUGGAAGGAAAAAUGUUGCAGGAAUGAAGCUGCGAGCUGCUAUGGAAAGGGAAUUGAAAAAAUCUCUUUGGAAUUUUACUGAAUUGGGACGACGAGAAGAGGGUGCCCGCUUUGCCGCACAAGUUGGGUCCAAUAGCUCAGGGGUUAACAAGAAUGCAGGUGGUUUCGAAGUUGAUUUGAAGCUUGGUGGAUUAGGAGGUUCUGGGGCUGGCUCUCUGGACAAGUUGAAGGGACCAAGAGGAUCCACCAUUGUGCCAUCAAAGCGAACACGUGCUUUGGGUGCAACUCUUGAUGUCUCCUGCUUAGUGGACGGCUGCACAUCUGAUCUCAGUAAAUGCAGGGAGUAUUAUCGCCGCCAUAGAGUGUGCGAGCACCACUCCAAGACCACGGUUGUGACUAUUGGGGGCAAAGAACAACGGUUCUGUCAGCAAUGUAGCAGGUUCCAUUCUCUGGAGGAGUUUGAUGAAGAGAAGCGAAGCUGCAGAAAACGCCUUGAGUGCCACAACCGACGUCGGAGAAAAUCCCAGGCAAAAGCCUUCUACACGAGCUCCGGGAGCUCUUCACUGAAUCAUCAAGGUGCAAGAUUUUUACAGUUCAGUGGUCCUCAGUUGCAUACAGCCUGCACAACCUCUAACCCAGGCCGUGUACCCACAUGGCCCGGGACAGCGAAGCAGCAGCGGGAGUUCGAUGUCGUGGAUCAACAAAGCCGACCUCUAAAUUCUUCAGCCUGCAUCUAUGGGGGGCGGGACAACAAAUUCCCGUUCUGGCUCCAUAAUGACAACGCUGAAAGAAGCUAUGUAGCACUCCCUGAAGUUUCCAUCCGGCAGCAGCAACCUGCCAAUGGCUGCAACUCAUCAGCCAUUGACAACUCCAAACGUGCUCUCUCUCUUCUGUCAAUGCAUCAUCCAUUACAUGCUUUACCAACUAGGUUGGGCCAAUCAGAACAGCAGAAUGUGGUUAAGUUCAAUCAACCAGUGGGCAGCAGAAUGGGUUUUGGUAGUCCUGUUCAAUACCCAAGCUCACAAGGGAUGACGAAGGCGCCGACCACGCUUCCGGUUUUGGUUUCUCAGGUCAGCAACGCCACCAAUCUUUGCAGUGGGAUACUUGAAGUACCGCCUGAUGGUUUGUUGGAAAAGGGGGUGUCACAAGUGCUACCAUUUUCAUGGAAGUAGUUUUGCUUACUUAUAAUGGCCCUUGUGAGAUGUCUACCAGUGCCCCGAUGAGCUAGUAAUUAGUUGGAUAUAUCACCGGCUACGGAUUUAAUUUCUUAUCCCUGAAAACCUUGUUGGAUGCUAUGUAGUUUUGUUUGAUGAUUCAAUAACUAGUUGGAUGCGCCA